AUGAAGUGUAUUCGUUGUGCAAAGGACCAGCAGGACACGCGAAUCCGGCCGUCCGAUCUGAUCCUUGAAGUCACUCGCGGCGGCGGUGGCGGCGGAGGGCUGGUAGCGGACGCGUUCGCCACACCGCGCAUCGUGGAGUUCCUGAACCUGGAGGACAACACCUCGGCGGUGACGAGCACGGUAAGGCUGGACGAGCCGCUGUUUCAGCCCCACCCCUCGAGAGUCGUGUUCGAGGGGUACGAGGCGUUCGGUCAGCAGCAGAAGGUGCUGUGCUUCAGGAACAACGACUCGGUCAACCGUCGGCUCAAGCUCCUUCCCCUGGACAGCCCUCACUUCUCGGUGUCUGGUCCUCGCAGCCCCCAAAAGCUGAAGGCUCUCAAGCAAACCAAGGUGGCCCCCGGCAUGGAGGUGUGUUACGUGGUGACGUUCAAGCCGCAAGAGGUCCGAGCCUACUCGGUCGAGCUGAUGGUCGUGACGGAGAGGGAGAAAUUUGUCGUUCCCGUUGGAGCUCUGGGGCACCGCGCCGCGUUGGAUUUUCCAGACCAGAAAGCGUACUUUUACCACCCACCGGUGUCGUCUAAUAAGCUGAACCGGUUCCUGAAUAUGGCUGUUUGCGAUUCAAGGUACGAGGGAGAGCUAGUGGUGGAAUAUGACAGCGGGGAGAGGACAUUUGUGGCUUUGUCUGCCUCGGCGGGAGGGGUCGACGUUUGCCUCAGCACGCCUUACCUUCAACUCGAGCCGGCGUAUAUAGGGUUGUGCAGCCAGAAGACACUCAAGAUCGUCAACAGGAGUGAGAUUCCCGUCAAGUUUUCGUGGGAGGCGUUCGCUACGUCCGAGGAGGAGGAGGAGGAACGGAGCAGGCUGCACGCUGAAAUGGCCAGGAUGCAAAGCCUGGAAGAGGAAGCCCUGCUGAGCGGAACGGUUGCCGGCCAGCAAUCCGGUGGUGCCCGUGGCGGUGGCAACGGCGGCACCGGUGGUGGUGGAGAUGAGGAGGGACCUCAAACCGACGGAGACGAAACCGACGACUACUCCGACCAGCCUAGCGAGGUACUCAAGGAAGACUUUCGGCGUUGUUGCGUAAAGUUAGAAACGCCGCGUUCAAAUGCAAGUACACUGGUGGGUGCCUUCGACGAUUCUUCCAAUAUCUCCUUAAAACUAGAGCUAACCGACCACCGUCAGGAGGAGUGGGCCACCGCCACGGCAAGCACCGUGGCCGUGUUGGGAGCUAGCCACAGCGGAGGUGGAGGAGAAGGGGCAGGAACCGUGACGGCGUCGUCAUCGGUAGGGCUGCCCCCGAGCGUCCAGGCGGCCCAGGCGGCGCUCAAACGCAAGUACCGGCACCUCCGGCGAGCGCUGGGCAAAGACGCGAUGCUCUUCGCGGACGAAAUCUUCGAGAUCCGCCCGCUAGAGGGGGAGAUCUGGGCCCGGAGCGAGAUCGAGGUAACCGUGUUCUUCCGCCCGCGCACGACGACGGAGUACGGCUCGCACGCCUUCCUCGACUGCAUCGGGAGGGAGGAGCGGCUCCCGCUGCGGCUCGGCGGGAGCGGCAUCGGCCCCAAGGUCGUGCUGAGCUUCGACGUGCUGGACAUGGGGGAUGUCUUCAUCAAUAGCAGGCACGUUCACCAGGUGACGCUGCUUAACCGCGGGGACAUCGCCGCGGAUUGGACGCUCCAGGCGCCGCAGACGCCGUUCGCGCGCAAGUUCCGUUUCGGCCCGAUGAAGGGCACCCUGGAUGUGAAGGACAGGGGGAACGAGGAACCCGUACCGUGCCAAUUUAAAGGGCACGUGAUCGGCCCGACCUUCCACUUCAACGUGGACGAGAUCGACUUCGGGGCAGUGAGCUACGACUGCCCUGUCAGCGCCUCCAUCGUCCUCACCAAUACCUCGGAUAUCUCCAUGGUUUGGCGGGCGAGGGUGCCGCAGGACGGAAAAUUUCGGAAGCGGGAGCUGACGAUAACGCCUUCCAGGGGAACCCUGUCGGCGGGCCAGAGCGUGGAUCUCCUCGUGGAGCUCAUGAGCCAGACUGUCAAGGUGCUGGGCCGUGGCCAUUGUACCGGGUUUUACCUGCGGUCGUCGCGAGGUCUCACUAUUAAUACUAUUGCAUCUACCCCCACAAACUAUCUGCAGGUGUACGAGUACUACAUCACCGUAGACGUCGAGGGUGUCGGCGAGGAGUUGCUCAGCAUCCCCCUGAAGGCGGAUUGCCAGGUGCCGGCGGUCGAGCUGGAGUCCAAAGACCUGGCCUUCGGGGAGUGCUUCGUCCGCUUCCACGAGCCGCGAACGCUGGUCCUCGUGAACACGAACAAGGAGCUGACCGGGCUGUUCAGGGUUGUGCCGCAGGCCGCUUCGACGUACGCGAUCGCGAGAGUGUCGCCGGAGCCGGAGGAAGGACAGGUGCCUCCGGGAGGAAGAGCCGAGGUGAAACUGUGGCUCACGUGCGAGAAGCUCGGAGGCUUUCGCCUUCCUGUCACAGUCGAGAUAAAAGGCAGCGUCGAGCCUCCUCUGCAGGUCACCAUCACUGCGACGAGCAUCGGCCCGGUCGUUAAGCCGGACCUGGAGUCCAUCGCGUGGGGCCCGACGCCGUGCCUCGUGGACGCGCCCCGUGGACUCCAGCUCUCCAACACCGGCAAGAUUCCUGCCCCGUUCAAGGUUUUCCUGAAGAGCUCAAGGUCCAAGUAUAGGGUGGAUAUCCGCGAGGGGGUGCUUGCUCCGUCCGAGGAGGUCGCGUUGACCAUCACCGCGAAUCUGGACGACACAACAAGCCACAAGGACGAGAUCCACGUAAUCGUCACCGAGGGAGACAACCUCCUCAUCCCUCUUUCGGCCAGAGGCACGGGUCCCACCGUGUGGUGCGCCGAAGACAUCUCCGUCGUAGACUUUGGCCCGGUGUUCACCAACAGCACCUGCGUCCGGCGCAUCACGCUGGAGAACAAAGGGCGAAGACAACAGGCUCUCAAGUGGGUAAACAGCACCGUCAAGGAAAAGCAGAUGAUCGCCGCGGCAAGGCUUAAGGCGCAGCACAAGAAGGACGCCGCCCUGCAGGCGAACGGCGGCGGCGGCGGCGGCGGCGUCGGUAGUAGCCGGGGCUCGAGGCGCGCGGAGAUGACGCCGCAGGCGGCUUUCACCGUCACCCCGCAGGAGAUCGAGCUGCGCCCGCGCACCGCGAUCACGUUCACGUUCCGGGGCACGAGCCCGGCCAUCGGGCGCGCGUCCGAGAGCCUCUACUGCGAGGCCAGAGUAGGCAAGGAGAAGCACACGCGCCAGGUGUUCAAGACGGAAGCGACUGCCGAGUUCGUCGCCCCCCUGCUGUGCUUCAGCCGGCCGGAGUUCCACUUCAGCCACGUGUGGGAGCCGGAGGUGCCCAUGACACCGUCCUUCGAGGAGCUCGAGAUGACUAACACCGGGCGGCUGCCGCUGGACUUUUCCGUGCGGACUCACCCCCCUUUCAGCGUCGAUGCCGUGGAACACUCGCUCGGGGUCGGGGAGACGGGGAAGCUGACCGUUGGGUUUGAUCCGGGGUAUCGCGGUGACAGCCAGAGCUACCGGUACGAGUCGAAGUUAUCGGUCACCUACCGUGAUCAUCCCCAAAAGGACGGGCUGCUCGUAGUCGGGGAGGUGAGCUUCGGGUGUGUCCUGAACGACACGACCAUGACAAAAGCCGUCCGGGUCACAAACAACUCCGUGGUUGACUGCACCUUCAACUGGUCCUUUCUCGAGGACGUCGACGAAGGCCGGCAGAGCGCAACGGCCCGGCGGCCCUACAUCCCCGUGAACCAGAUCUUCGACAUCCUGCCGAUCCGCUCGUUUUUGCGGCCGGGAGAGUCGGAAGAGGUGGAGUUCGUUUACUACGGCCACGCCAACAGGAAGGCGCUCGGCAAAUGUGCCUGCGACGUCACCGGCGGCCCGGCCUACACGGUCGACCUCGUGGGCGAGGCCAGCAACGUCGGGUUCCGGCUGGACAGGGCCCACCUCGACUUCGGCCGUGUACUGUACAGCGGAUGCGAGGAGCGAGAGCUGUUCAUCAUAAACACGGGGAGGGUCGCAUUCCCGUUCCGGGUGCUGCUCGACCAGCUGACAAGGUUCAGCACCAGUAGAGUAUCCGAUGGGGUAGCAUGGUUGGUCGACGGCACCGAGGUACAAUUCUUGGGAAAAACGAGAAUCAGGACGUGCCCUUCCUUGGUAGAGAAGAAUGAUCGGCGGCAGGAUUCAAACAGAUCCCGGGAUGGAUGUUGUCAUGACACGAAGGAGAGGAGGUCGCCCCGGGAAAUAAACCCUCCGCUUUCCGCUGCCCCGUUCGGCUUCUUGGCUGUCACAAGGUUCGCGUGCAAGACUCAGAAAUGUUUCAUCGCAUAUAUAGUCACCACCGCUCCCUUCCGCUGCACAUUGUACUCGGGUGCCGUCUGCCCAAAGGUCCGCUUUCGGCCGGGAUUGCCCGAAAAGAUGAGAGAAAUCAUCGUGAUCGAGGCCGGUCACUUUGACCCCGUGGAAGUCCCUGUGUACGGGGAAGGAGUUUACGCAGCGGUGGCUGUUUCGCUGCCGCGGGACAUGAGCGUCACUCCGUGGGGUCAGCCGCUCACGGAUGAACCGGGGCAGGCGACGUGGACCACACUCCUCGGCGACGCAAGGCAAGGCCUUGUCAACGCCGACCCUCUGCUCACCCCCCCGGAAGAGGGAACUUUCCCCCCCCCGCCUAACGCCUCCACCAGCAUCGGCCUCCUCGCCGGGAACAUGACGCCAACGACGGCACCCGGAGGAAACCACAACAACCGUCACUAUCAACCUAACAGCAGUUCCUCCUCCUCUUCCCACGGGCUGCUGGCCCCUCCCACGCUACAGAGCGAAGCGACAGGGGGGGCAGGCUAUAACCGCUCCGCCACGGCUCCGACGGCCGCGCCGGGAACGGUCGCAUCGUCCAGAGGUGGCGGGAAAAGCAGUACCAUGGGGAGCACGGCGGUGUCGGCUCACGGAGCCACACCGCUAGCUGAAAGAGAAAAUACGGAAAGACAUUUGGCCGUGUCAUCCCCGGAGGCGGGCAGUAGGAGAGCGGGGCGGGAGGCUGCUGGGGGUAAGACGGGCAGCGCUGGUGCUAGUGCUGGUGGAGGUAGUGGUGGCCCGAGCCACUUCGAUACAGAGAUGGAGGCCAACCGCUUGGCGUACGUUCUCCAUCUUCAGGCGGAAGCAGAGAUGGAAGAGUAUUCGGCGAUGGCAGACGCGAUCAACGAGGCCAAUAGCUCCGCAGAGAAGACGACAGCCUCUCAUAACACUCCCAACAGCGGAGCAAGAGGCGGGAGCGCGGGAAGCAAGAGAGGGAACAACGCCGCGGCUGGGGCUUCCCGGAGCAACCCCAGCGGCGGCAACUCUGUCGCUGAGGGGCGGCCGAGCGGAACGUCUGCAAGCAGCCGGCGCGUGAACAGAGCCGGCGGUGGAGCACGCAGCGCUCAGAAAUCCGGGAGCCCAUCCGUCAAAUCCAGGGCUCCUAGCGGCAGCGGCGGCCUCGGCGGUGGCGGUGUUGUUGCCGGCGGUGGGGGCGGCCAGUCUGUCGGUUCGAAGGUCUCCCCCGGUUCCUACACGGUCGCCCGUCACGUGGCCGACUUCGGCAACGUCGUGGUGGGUUUCACUAAGACCAAGGCGUUCCGGGUGGCCAACACCGGCAAGCUCGGACCCGUGUCGUGGUCGUUCAACAAGAACUCCAUCGCCGGGUCCGGGUACUCCAUCGAGCCGGAGAAGGUUGUCAGGCUACCAGAGGGCGCCAGCGCCGCGUUCUCGGCGUCGUUUCAAGCCAGAAAGGGAUUUCCUCACGGAAUUCGAUCCCUGGAGUUGCCUAUCAAGCUCAAGAACGGCCCCCAGACGGUGGUAGUUCUUAGGGCUAACGUAACUUCCCCCGAGGUGGAGCUGUCCCACGAGGAGCUCGACUUUGACAGCGUUCUCGUUGGCCAGAGCAAGACCAAGUAUAUCCAGGUUCACAACACAUCACCGGUCGUAGCAGAGUGGGACUUCAAGCGGCUAUUCGGAGACCCGCGGGAUGAAGCGAAGUUCAAGCUGACGCCCAGAGGCGGCUCUCUGCACAAAGACCAGCGGGUUAACGUCCAGGUGGAGUUCGUCCCCACUGACGAUCGCGUCUACUCCCUUAAAAUGGCGGUCAGGGUCGCGAGCACGACCAAAAACGCCUCGGUGGUGCUGCAGGGGCGGGGGGCUCAGCCGCGCGUGAGGUUUGACCCUCCUAUGCUGGACAUGGGGCCGGUGUUGCCUCACGCCCCGCAGGGGGACAGCCGGGAGGUGACGGUGUUCAACGAUAGCGCCUGGGACGUGGAGAUAUUCUCGCUGGAUUUCGACAAGGCGCACCUGGUAGAGGAGGAGAUCCUCUCCAGGGCCACCUGCUUCGCCGCGGACGAAGUCCUCCGUCUCCCCCCCCGCCUUCCUGGCCAAGGGCUCCACCAGUCCCUGAUCGACGUCGCCCGCGCCCAGGACGACGCGGCCAAGCGUGCGGAGCGCCGGAAGGCCAAGGAGGCCCGCCGCCGCGCUCGAGAGGCCGCCGCCGCCGCGGCUGAAGCCGGAGACGACGGCGCCAACAACAACGAGGGCGGCGCCGGGGGAGGACCGGCCGAAGACGCCGCCGAUCUCAGCGAGGACGACGACGACGACGACGACAACGAAAACGGCGAGGAGACCAACGACGCCGAGAACGACGGCGGCGGCGGCGGCGGCGGCGGCAGCAGGGGUGUCGGCAUCGACGACGGUGAAGCGGUGGCCGCCGCGGCGGCGGCCUACGGUGACGAGCCGUGGCUGGAGACCGCGGCGGAGGUGCUGGAGCGCAACCACGACAUCGGUAGCGGCGGCGUCCCCGAAUGGGAGAGGGUCCCGACCGACCGCGAGGAGGGCAGGGCGCACGACGUCGUGGUGACGGGACCCCCCCUCUCGGGGAAGUCUACCCUCGCGCGAGCGCUCGGGGCGAAGUACUCCCUGCCGGCGCUCACCGUAGAUGGGGCCGUGAGGGGGGCCCUGCGACUGAGAAACAAGCUCGGCGCAAGGGUCCGCGAGGCCAUCCACUGGUUCACAAAAAAGGAAGAGGCUCGCUGGGUCCGAGACGUUGAAGCUGCGAGGGAGAGGGUAGCAGCCGAGACUGCGGAACCUAUCCCCGUCCCGAGGGGAAACAAGAAGGCAGCGGCGGCGGCCGCGGCCGCCGCAGCCGCGGCAAACGAGGCCGGCCCCACGGAGGCAGUCCUAGCGCUUACCGCCCUCCUGGAGCCGCAAGGCUUGUCGGCCGAGCUCUUGGUGGAGGUGCUUCAGUGGCGCUUGGCACAAUCGGACUGUGACCGGGGUGCUGUCCUGGACGGACUUGACUCCCGCUUAGCCGCCAAGUCCAUGGCAACUGCUGGGAUGUCCAAGAAAGGGGGUAGCCAGAGGGGCGCAAGGAGGGGUGCCGUUGCUGCCGCCGCUGUCGACGUGGUUGCGAGGGCGGCGUCCAGCGCCAUGCCCACCGCGCGGUUGCUGGUGCUCCGCUUCAAGGAUGAGGAAGACGGCUACGUUGCGCGCCUGGACCGUCUAAAGCGGGAGACCGGCGAGACCCUGGACUUGUGGGGAGACGAGUUCGAAGAACAACUCACCCCCGAAGACCUUGGGUUCGUGGACCCGUCCUCCUACUCCGACGACGGUGUCGAUCUAGACAACCCUCGGCACAGCACCAGUAGCGGCGAGCUGGACAUAAUGGGAGACGACGGCGAAGACAAGGACGGCGACGAAGCUGUGACUGUCGGAGAAGGGGACAACGUGCUUCUCGUCGGCGGUGGCGGUAAGGCCGAGGAGGCCGGAGGAGAAGGAGCGGCGGGGGCGGCUGAUAUCACCAGAGGUGUGCCGAUGCCGCGGCCGAUGGACGUCGAGGAGCCGGAAUGGGAUGCAAAUGGCGAUUGCGUUCCGCUGCCUGUCUGGAAGGAGUUGUCGGAGGCGGAGCUAUGGGCACUAGACGACAAGCAGCGUGACGAGCACUUUCGCUUGGACGAACGGCAUCGACGCGACGAGUUCAACCGCGCCAGGAGAACCGCGGACCGCGUUAACCUCCUUCUCACGCGGGCGGCGGCGGCGGUGGUGACAACCUCAGCUACGGCAACGGUACCAGCAGAAACAUCGGCGAUGCCGUCGGGGCCGUCGAAGGAGAAAGGCAGCGGUGGCGGGUCCAAGGCUGCCGACGGAGGGUCGAGCGGGUUGGGGCCUGGACGGGACGAAGCCGCCGAGACACCGGCAACACCCACCACUGCAUCUCCGUACGUAGAGUUCACCCAGAACCUAGCGGCCUUCGUUCUGCCGGUUUUCGAACGCUUUGCCGCGAGCUCUUCUCCCCUCGGCGGCACCAACGCCGUGUCUCGCCCAUGCUCACCCGGCCGCGGCGGGGACAGCGGCUACGGAGAACAAGAGGCGGCCGCCGUCGGUGUUGGGAGCGUGGACGGCGGCUCUAUCGCCGAUGACUCUAUCGCCGGAGGCUCGCUGGCAUCCGAGUCGGCCGCCGGACAAGGCGACGGCGACGGCGGCGGCGCCGCCCUUGGGAGAGGCUUGUCGUCGUCAGCGACGGACUCGAUCGCCAGCGGCGGGGAGCCUGCUGCAACUCUCGCCUCGGCGUUGCGGGUGAUCGACCUCGAGGUGACGGGAGACUCCGAGGCCGAGACGGACUCGCAGUCCGCACGGGAGCUGCUGCCAGAGCCGGCGGUACCGGCGCCGGACCCCAAGGUUGUCGCCAUCCCGCCCGACAAGGUGCGGCAGCUGUUGCGGAGGCCGGUGCCACGCGCGCAGCGGCAACCGUUACAGACGCUGGAAAUCCUUCCCUUCCACCCGGAGGAGGCGGCUCAGCCUUCGUCGCGCCCGCGAUCGCACAAUGCGACCAAGGCGAGGAAUGAGAUUAAGCCUAAAACCAAGCACUCGGCUGCUUCGGCAAAGGAAAAGGGUGAACAAGGCAUUGGAGCUGCGUCUGGAGCUCUUGGAGAUAAUCCCUACAGAUGGGUGAUUCGCGCCGGAGAAUCCGUCAGCUUCGUGGUCAAGUUCUCCAGCUCGAGUGCUGGAGUGUUUGACGUCCCCCUGACCUUUGAGGCCGUCGGGACGGGGCGGCGAUACGCCCUUCAUGUCUCUGGCACGUGCGCCUUCCCAUCCAUAAACUCCGACCCCAGAAACGUGUUCAUGAGGAGGGUCAAGCACCGGGCGGGGGGCGCCGUGCGGCCGGUCAGCAAGCGCUUCGUCAUCUCGAGGGGGCAGUACGAGUUCGGCCCGCUGCUGACCUGGAAAAGGGCGGAAAACAGAGUACCGCCGAAGUUGACAUCGGAGGAGAAGGCGGCCGUGGCGGCGGGGGGGGCUGGAGGAGGAGAGAAACUGCUGGCAAAGGCCCGCGCCAAGGAGGAGGCCCAUGCCACCCUCGUCAAGACUAACGCCGAGACGUUCCGGCUAUCAAAUGACGGAAAGUUUCCGGUCAAGGUAUCUCUGGCUUUCGAGAAACAGCCGCAGGCCGCCGGGGGUGGUAAAGGCGGGGCUCUGGCUGCCCCGGCGACCGCCGCAGCCGACCGAAGAGACUCGGACCACGGUGAUCGGCAUGGUCUACACGGGUCGUCCAAGCGCAGAACGUUCUACGUGGAACCCGAGACCCUGGAGCUGGCUAUCGGCGAGACGACUGAGGUACGGGUGUGGGCUUUCCCCACCGAGGUGAAGGAGUACAAGGACACGCUCAUCGCAUGCCUCACGGACAACCCUCGGCCUGUGCUGUUCCCUGUGUCGUGCUCUGGUGCGGCUCCCUCGAUGGUCCUGGAGGGGCCCUGGAAUAAGCUUUUGCCGGCGGCGCAAGCGGCCCUGGAGGAGCUGGGCAGUCUGGAGGACUUACCAGAGGAUGCCCCGGCGGCAGCGCGGGCAGAGCUGGAGGCCGCCUUGUCGGAAGCGGAGGAGCGCGUUCGCCAGGCCAAGGAGAGGGGCGCCGUGGUCGACUUCGAUCGGAUGUUGCUGGGACGUGUGGAGUCCCGCGACUUUGUCGUCCGGAACGCGUGCCAGGUGCCGUGCCGGUGGAGAGUGGACGCCUCCCACCCGGUGUUCCUGGAAAACCCGGACGACUUCCGGGUAAUGCCCGGCAGCGCCACGGAGGGGGUAGUGGAGGUGGGGGGCACGGCCAGGGUGACCGUGAUGUUCUCGGCGGGGAAGGAAGGGGUGUUCGAGCCCACCGUCGCGAUCGAGUACACCGACGAUGAGGUCGGCUUCGGGGCGGCGGAGGAAGGACGGCAAGGAGGAGUCGGGGGAAUAGUGGUCCGGCAGGAGGUGAAGGUCGUAGCCGAGGCAUAUCGCAUCCGGGCGGUCGCCUUCGAAACUCCCGACGAGGCGGCCCACGCCGAGCAAGAGGCGGCGGACGCGGCGGCGGCGGCGGCAGCGGCGACCGAGAAAGCAACGACUGGAAGAGCGGAGAAGGGCGGCCGCAAGGGUAGCAACGAUGACACUUUCACGGGGGAAGCUGCACCGGCGCCGGCGGCGGUUGAGCAGCGACCGCCUCGAAAGAACGAUGGGUCGCUAGACUUUGGGAGGCAACGGGUCGGAGACUCCGCGAACGAGCGUUUCACGCUCCGGAACCGGGGGAAGUACAAAAUUGCUUUCGCUUUCCGGAUGAGGCGAGGCAUCGCGGCGGCUCUCUUCAAGGUGGAACCCUCCCAGGGGCUUGUCGAGCCAGGGCAGGCGGUGGAAGUGUGCGUGACGUUCUGUAGCACGGAGGAGACUCACCUCAAGGACAACCGGGACAUCCGCUGCGUCAUCACGGAGCCCCACACAGGGGAGGCCGUGGAGGAGUUCUCGGUGGUCGCCUCCGCCAUCUCCACCUGGAGCCGCUUCCGGCUCCAGCCCCGCCGGGGCAUCAACUUCGGCCCGGUGGCCUUCAACGCGGACAGCAUGACCAAGACCUUCGAACUCAAGAACGAGGGCGAGUUCGAGUUCGUCUUUGCGGUGCAAGGGAAGGGGCAUCCGUCGCCGCCGCACGAAGCCGCGAUCCGGGAGGCAACCCCCAACGGACUGCUACCGCCGGAGGAGCAAGCUCUGAAGGAGAGCGAAACGGCGGCCGCCGCCGCCGUCCCCGAAAAGGGCGGCGGAAAGGGUAAAGGAAAAGGGGCCACGGCCGCCCCAGCGGGUCGGAAGGGAUCGAAGGGGGUCGUUAAGCCGGCUCUCGAGGUUCCGGACGACCCCAUCUCGCUCGGGAGAUUCUACGUCGCCCCCUCCGGGGGGCUGGUGCAGCCGGGCCAAAGCGUAAGCGUCACGGUGCGGUAUAGCCCGGAGAACGCAAACGCCCACCGCGAGAGCCUGUGCCUGAAGGUCUCGGGAUCGGACCCUUCCGACGGGGCGUGCGCCCUGGCCGCGUCGUACGACCUCCUCGCCGAGUCGUGCGUGCCGGGGAUCGUUACCUCGGACUGGCGGGACAUCUUCGAGGAGCAGUCGGUGAUCCCGUCCCUUGCCGACGUCAUGGAUGAUGAUUGGGCGGCCGCAGCGGCGGCGACAGCCGGGGGUAAAGGCCGGGGCGGAGGUGGCGGCGGAGACGGGGCGGGCGGAGGGAGUGGUGCCGCUGGCGGAAGGGCGGGAGGAAGGGUCUGCUUCGCGAUAGAGCAGCUCAUGUUUACCUUUGGGAGCGUGGUGUCUAGCCAAGUUCCGGUCGGCAUCUGCGAGCGGUUCAAGAUCAGCAACAGCAACAAGAUUCCCUGCACUGUCAAGUUUGCCAUCUCCCCGGCGGCCGGUCCGAACGACAGCGAUCCGGCGCCCAUGGACCCCAAGGCCAAGAAAGGAAAAGGGGGGAAGGCGGCAGAGGAAGAACCAGCUCCGGGGGAGGCGGACGUGACCGCCUUCGCCGUCCACCCCGAAACGUGGGACAUUCCGCCGCAUGAGCACCGCUACGUGUCGGCCUACUUUCGACCGACGGAGAUGCGGUCUUACCGCUGCCACUUCGAGGCCGUUGUGUCGGACAACGACGACGCUUCUACGGGAAAGCUAGGCUUCCUGUUGUCCGGCAAGGGCACCAUGCCAACGGUGACCCUGGAGAGUCCCCUGGACAGAGACCAAUCGGGCGCGGUGAUCAUGGACUUCGGAGAGGUCUGCGCGAGGAAGUCUCGCCGCCUCCCUUUGGUCCUCCGGAACGACGGCAUCUUGCCCGUGUCCUGCCUCUUCGAGCUGGAACUCCCUGACACGCGGGAAGGCGGCGGUACCCCCGCGGCGGAGUCGGUGAUUAAGAAGCAAAACCGUCAGCGGAAGGGAGACUUCCUGUUCGCGGCCGCGGGAGGCUCCGUGACCCUGCAACCUAAAGAAAGGAAGGCGAUGGACGUGGUUUUCCAGCCCCGGUGUAAGCCCAAGGAAGGCGAGCCCGAGCCCCUGGGCCAGGACCUCAAGAUGACCGUCCUCCACAACCCUUUCGAUGCGGCCGUGUUCAAGCUGUCCGGCACGUGCCUCAGCCACGACGUCGUUUUCGACGAGCUCCCGGGGGCGUCGGUCGCGGACGAGAUCACGUUCGACCAAGUCGACAUCCUGGACCCUCCACCACCCGACGCGGAAGACGCGGCAGCUCCUCCAACCACCAAGACCGCAAAGGUGGCGAGAGGUAGCGGUGGUGAUGGGGCAGGCGUCCUCGCUGCGGCCGCCGCGGACGCCGGAGCGGACGAAGCCGUUGGGGGCAAGGAGAUAACCUUCUGCGUGCGUAACCAGGGAAGUUUCCCGUGCCGUUUCUUGUUUGCCGACCACAAGCACUUCAAGUUUUCUCCGAGCGUUGGGCAUCUCCCGGUGGGCAGCCGCCGUGAGAUACGGGCCACGUUUAACCCCUUGAAGCCGGUCAAGUACGACAACGAGCCGGUGGAGUUCGUCACGCAGAAGAUCAGUUACCCGGAGCCCGAGGCCGCCGACGGGGGCGGAGACGACCCUGCUGCUUCGCAAGGCCGGCAGCAGCAGCAGCAGCAGCAGGAGCUUCACGAGCGCCGCACGUCCCAGCGCGUGGACCUAGAGUGGGACGACUCCAAGAUACAGCUGCGAGAGGCCACGGAGGAGGACAUGGCGGUCCUGCUUCAGGAGGAGGCUGCGGCGUCGAAGCCGACCGCGCCCGAGAAGCCCAAGAAGGGGGCUAAGAAAGGGAAAGAGCCGCCGCCCCCGGAGAUCCCGGCGGCGCCGACGCUGAGGCGGGGCCCCCUGUCAGACGGGGGCGUGCAGAUGGUGUACGCGGUGCAGCCGGAGCCGAGGUUCAAGCCCGUGGAGGGCACGCUCCCGUCGAAGAGACCCCUGCGGUGCUCCGGCGUGGCCGACCGCGCGCGGUUCGAGGUCGUGGACGGCGUGCCGGAAGGGAGCUCGGUCGUGGCCUUCAGCAACACGGCCAUGUUCCAGUGCCGGAUGCACGCCUUCACCGUCAGGAACCCGGGGACCACGCGGCUGCCGUACGAGUGGUCGCUGGCGAACCGGCGCAGCUUUGCGAGGGACGGCUCUGCCGGUCGGCCGGGGAGCCAACUGCUAACAAGCAGGUCGUUGGCGUUGAUGGACCUAGAUGCUGGUGCCGAGGGAGGGGCGAAGUUCAUCACCCCGUGUCCGUUUUCCGUGGAGCCGUACUCAGGGGACAUCGAGGCGGGAGGGGAGCAGUCUUUUGCUAUUCGCUUCGCUCCACAAGAGGUGGACGACUUUUUGUACGCGCUCUCAGCCAGGAUGCCGACACUCCCGACGAACCAGCCCCCCCUGAGCCUGACGCUUCGCGGCAGGUCUCUGAGACCUGUGUGCCACUUUGCGCUCCAGGAGUCACCGGACUACCUCCAGAGGCGGCAGAGCCACCUGCUGGCAAACGACCUCGGGCAGCAGGGUUUCUUGCGGUUCUACGUUGUGAACCCGACCAACGUAGGGUACGACUUCAGCUGGGAGAGCCAGGGGAACCCGCACCCGUCUUGGCGUUGCGUCACCCAGCGAGGCAUGAUUCUCGCGGGAAAGAGGGGAGAGAUGGUCUUCGAGUACACUCCGGACGACAUGGAGGUCGCCGAGGCGUUCUACCGUUUUAGAAUCCCGGAGCACGGCGUGAGUGAGCUGUUCCUGUUUGCGGGAGGCGUCGUGGAGCCCGACAUUGCCGUCGACCGGACCAAGCUGGACUACGGUGCCCUUAUGCUCGGCGCGGCCCUGAAGGAGACGUUCCACAUCGUCAACCGCGAGGCCAUGCCGCACAGCUUCGUGUUCGACAAGAACUCCCUCGGCAUGGCUCAGGUGGACGACGACCCCCGCAGACGAGCGGUCCUGGAAGUAAGCCCGACGUCCGCCCUCCUCCCUCCCAACGGCCGGGUGCCGAUAGAGGUGACGUUCUGCCCCCGGGAGGAGAAGUUCCACAACUUCAACUUGAUCUUCGGCGUUCGCAAGAAGCAGACCAAGCUCAGCAUCAACGUCAAGGGGGAAGGUUUCAAGGUGCACGCGAAGCUGCUGAUACAAGGGAAGGGCGGGGCCGACGAAGGAGGGGCGGAAGCCGACGCUGCCGCCGGGGGAAGCGGGGCAGUGGAGGCCCAAGGAGAAGGGGGAGAUGGAGACGGUGGCGCCGGCAAGAAUGCUGUCGCGCUCGAACUUCUAUCCUUCCCGCAAAUCAACGUCGUUGAUUUCGGCAGCAUCCACAUCAACGAGCGCGCAGCACGGAAGGCCGGUAGUAUCAAGAAGGGGGAUCGUGCGGAGCUUAGCCUUGACUUUUUGCCAACAGGGGAGGUGCUGCUCGAUGGGCAGGACCUGAUCUGCACGGUGGCUGGCAGGUAUGAGUACGUGCUGCGGGUGGUCGGCCGAGGGAUCCGGCCAGGGCUUCAUUUCUCCUUCCAGAAGCACGACUUCGGGCCGUGCUUCAUCACCCCCGCAGGCUCGAUCCCCAACCCGGAGUGCGUUAUCCUCAAGGUGACCAACCGCGAUCCGUCUGCGGCGCUCAGCCUGGACUGCCUCCACCAGGGGGAUCGCUGCUUCUGGGUGACGAGCGAGCCCUCCGUCCUGGAAGCCGGCCAGUCUAUCGACGUGCCGCUGCACUUCGCCCCACGGGACGCCCGGCAGUACGCCUUCGGGGUGCCCUUCCUGGUGAACGGGAGCUACACGGUCAAGCUCCUUGUUGUGGGAGAGGGGUGCCCCGCGCGCCUCGAGCUGGCGAACCUGGCCCAGAAGCACUUGACGUUCGGCAUGGUACCCGAGGGGCAACAGGUGGCCAAGCAGGUGAAAGUGGUCAACCGAUCGAAGCGCGCGAUCGAAUUUGAGCUGGUGGACGCCCAAGAUCUCGGGACGGGAAGGCUGGAAGCGAAGGGCGUCCGAUACGUACCGGCCCUUCCGACAACCCUGGGUCCGCGAGAGAGCAUCAUGGUCGAGGUCUAUUUCUUCCCCGAGGCGCGCAUGCCGUCCUUCACGGAAACCCUGUUCGUGCGGGCGGGGGCGACCUCCGAGCUCAGCCCCCUCCUGUCCAUCUCCGGCCAGAGCACGGGCAUGGAGGUCGCGCUCGCGGUGGACGCAUUGCCGUUCGGCACGGUGUGCUCCGGGAGCCAACGGACCCAGCGUCUUGGGCUUGAAAACCGAGGAGACCUUCCUGCUAGAUUCAGCGUCCACUUGCUGUCCUUCAAGUCCCGCGCGAGAGUCGCGGCCGCUCAGUCGGUCAGCCUAGAGAACCCGACAGACAAGAAUUGGUUUAUCACGCCAGUGCUUAAGGGAGAACACUGGCAAGGGGCUGGACAGCUGCAGAUGUUGGUAGUAGAUGGCGACUAUUCGCCCCGCCUCCUCCCCCACUCACACCACAAGCGCUUCUUCCUCUUCGUCUUGGUCUUCCUUUUGUCGUACCAGAUACCCGCUAAGGGAACGGCUGAGUACACGAUCGAGUUCUUCCCGCUGGCGAUGACGUCAGCAUCUCCUCCUCGCCCUGUUAACGAUGCGAGCGACCCCCGCUCUCGAGCGACACCCUCCAGCGGAGGUGGAGGUAGCCGUCAACAACAUCAAGACACUUCGCAGGAGAAACAAGGACAUGAGUUGCAAGGAGACGCAAGCAGCAGCGCCGCUAUCGCUGUCGGGCUUGACGGCAAGCCGGUCAUGCUCUGUGGGUCGUUGUUCUUCGCCCUCCCGGACGGCGGGGCCGUGCUGUACAGGCUCGAGGGCGAGGCAGACGGGCCAGAGGCCGCGUCUAGCGUGGAGCUCGAGACGCCCGCGAAGACCGCGCUGGCGUUCACGCUGCCCGUUGCUAACUGGCUUCGACGUGGUCAAAGGUUCACAAUGAAGGCCGUUCUCGAGUCGGGGGCUUCGUCGUCGACAACGCUAUCCGGGGCCAAAACCAUAGAGGUACCGGCGCUUGCGACGAAGGACUUCGCGCUACGGUUCUUGGCCUUCAAGGAAGGCGUUACCACCGCCACGGUUACCUUCACCAACCACGACACCGACGAGUAUCUAUUCCACCGCCUCACGUUCAAGGUUACGCCCCCUAACGUCCAGGUGCCCACCGACUUCCAGUACCUUCCAUGA